AUGGCGUCCUCCAACCCCAUCCUCUUUUUUGAUAUCGCCUCUGAUCCUCCAUCCCUCUACUUCAUUCCUUUCCCUAAUCAAACUAGCUACGCACUCAACAUCAAAGCCCUGUCGUACAAAACUAAAUGGAUCGAACUACCAGACGUAAAAUCCACACGCUUAGCACAUGCAGUAGCCCCCGUGCGCAAACUCCCAAACGACGAGGAUUUCUACACGCUCCCCAUCAUCCACGACUCCUCCACUGAUACCUACAUCGGCGACUCAUUCGACAUUGCUGUGUACCUCGAUGAAAAGUAUCCAGAUAGCGGACUUCAGCUCUUCCCAAAAGACAGUAUCGGUGUCCAUCGCGUGUUCAAUGCGCACGUCGAUGCGCUGUUCACACGUUACGUAGUCCUUUGUUGCGACGGGAUGCUGUUCAAUCCCGAGACAGCAGAAGUUAGUAAAGCGGAAUUUGUGAGGAGGGCGGGGGUGGAAAGCUGGGAUCAGCUUUGUGUUGAAGGAGAGGCGAGGGCGAAGAUAUUGGAGGCGUUCAAGGCGGAUCUGGAGGACUUUGCAAAGUUGUAUCGGUUUGAGGGGCCGUUUUUAGAGGGAGAGAAGAUGACUUAUGCAGAUGUUAUUGUGGGAGCCUGGUUGCAGCUCGUGAGGGCAACGGCGCAGGAGUGGGGGCAGAUGUGUGAGUGGCAGGAUGGGAGGUGGAAGAAACUUCAUGAGGCACUGGAGCAGUGGAGUGAGCAGAGAUAAGGCAUGCAGAUUGGCUAAAUGACAAAUAUAUGGCUUCCGUAUCACUGCCUACUGUGAGGUGUACGGU